AUGUAUAAUAAGCUCCUUAUAAGAAAUCUGUCACAAGUUUACUUUGAAUCAACUAUAUUUGAUCAUGUUGGAGUCAGCGGUGGUAACAACUCCGAUAAACCUCUCAAAUGCAAAAUUAAAGAUCAAUAUUUUCUUAUACCUGAACAGAGUAGAUUCUUUUGUGGAGAUGUAAGUGAACAAUGUAGAAAGCUUGAUGGUAAUAAAUAUGACAUUAUUGUUGCUGACCCUCCAUGGUGGAAUAAAUAUAUACGAAGAUUGAAGGGAGCUAAUGAAAAGCUAAGCUAUUCAAUGAUGUACAAUGAAGAUAUAGCAGAUAUUCCAGUUAAAGAGCUCAUGUCCAAGAACUGUUUGGUUGCUGUGUGGUGUACUAAUGCACCCAGUAAUAUAUCUGCCGUUAAAGAUAUCAUUUUUCCUCAGUGGGGAGUUGAGUAUACAGCUACAUGGUACUGGCUAAAAUUAAUAAUAGAUAUGAAACCUCUUUGCCAAUUUGGUUCAGGUUGUAAAAAACAACCUUAUGAAAGAAUAAUUAUAGGUAAAGUUGGUAAUAUUGAAUUGCCUGAUGAUGUUUUAGUGGCCAGUAUCCCAAGUGCUUUACAUUCACAUAAACCACCUCUACAAGAAUUAUUAACAAAAUUUAUCAAAACCAAUGAACUGAGGUUUUUGGAGUUGUUUGCAAGAUACCUUCUGCCCAACACUACUAGUAUUGGUUUUGAGCCUUUGAAGUGGCAGCAUAUAUCAUUAUAUGAAGAAACAUGA